AUUUUCGGAAGCAACGUUGAUUCUAACGUUUACUCUUUGCGUAGUCAACGUUAGGACAAAAUGGUAAAUCGACGAUGCCCUCGUUUCUUCCAAUACAGGUUCCAGUGUUGAGUGUUCCCCUCUCGCGGGUUCAGUUGUUCUUUGGUGAUCGGACGGUGAGAAGAGAGAAAAUGGAGAAAUCACAGCGGUUGAAGAUGGUGGCAGUGGGUCUGUUGUGCUGGGCGUGGGUGGUGCCAUGCAACGGUGCCGAGUCGCCACAGUACUCGGUGGUGCACUCUGAAUCGGAUUUCGAGAUCAGGCUCUACCGAGACUCCACCUGGAUGUCUGCUCGAGUUCUUGAUCUCUCCUUCCAGAGAGCCACCUUGUAUGGUUUCCACAGAUUGUUUCAGUUCACCGAAGGAGCCAACCUGAAUUUCUCUCGGCUUCCGCUGACGGUUCCUGUGGUGACAAGUGUGGUCCCGGGAGCAGGGCCGCUUCACUCUUCAGCCUAUUACGUCCGACUUUACUUGACAUCGAAGUUUGAGGACAGCCCGCCGGUUCCCCUCCCUGAACUGGACCUGGAACCCUAUACAUGGGACAGUCACUGUGUUGCCGUCAGGAAGUUCUCCGGAUUUGCUACUGAUGAUACUGUAUUGAAGGAGGCAGAGAAACUGGCCACCAGCUUGAGCAAGACCCCAUGGGCAAACUCUACUUCUGACAGUGACUAUGCCUACUCCAUUGCUCAGUAUGAUUCUCCAUUACGCUUCAUUGGCCGGGUUAACGAGGUCUGGGUUGAUGUCAAUGCACCUGAAUUGGCUGGUUGUAUAUCCAGUAAAAUCGCUUCAUCUUGAACUGAAAGUACUGCAGAAGGUAUUGGUGUUGAAGCCUUGAAGGGAAUGAUGUAUCUUAUGUUUCCCUAUGUACAUGUAUAUUGAAAUGAAAAAAUCUAUGUAAACAGAUGGGUCUGUAUGUUUGUCUCAGAGAUAUAUCAUAAUGAUAUAAUGUGUGAUUAUACAAAACAGCUUUUCCAAAUAUCACCUCUAACCUAAAAGAAUGAAUGAAUCUAAGUACAUAAU